UUCAUUUCCUCAUGGUUUGCAGCAAUUUAUCUAGCAAAACCGGAAGACUAUGUACCCGAUAUGUCAAGGGGACUCACGUUGGUAUUCGGUAUAGCAUUCAUUAUUAUGGCAUUGGUCUCCUUAUUUGGAAUCAUUGGUUCACUUUUUAAUAGGCAAUACGAGGUUGAUAACUGUAUUCAACAUUUACAAAAACAACAAGAUAGUAAUGCUAUAAGUGAGUCACUACAAACUAAUACGGAAAUUUGCACACAUAACGAGACCAUGCUUAUUGUACGAAAUGUCAUUAUAGCAAUAUUAUUAAUACUGUUCAGUACACUUUUCGCUAGAGUUUCAUCUUCUUAUGCUCAACAACUUGAAAAAAAAUCUUCCAGACGUGGUAAAAUAACACCAGCACCUGGUCUUCCACCAACAGUCGCGAGUUAUACUACUAUAGAUUAUCCGAGCUAG